CUGACAAACAAUACACGGAACUUUUACCUAUGCGGGAACCAAACAAUUUAUUUUUACAGUACGAGAAUAGAAAACUAUCAGAGUCUUUUCAUAGUGACUUAGAAAAGGAACUUUUCGAACCUGUGUCUCACAAAUCCGAAAAAAUUAAGAUACUUGAUAAUAUCGUUAUUCGUGCGGCUGACAUAGAUUCGCCAAACAACUGUGAUCCUCUUAGACCCCUUAAUAAGAAUAAUGAAACGUCCAGUAUUAGUGCUAGUUUCGACGAUGACCAACGAGAUGCGGAUUUUGACCCCGCCGACUACCAUCUAAGAAACAACACAAGCAAUGAAACCGAUGAAACUUACCAAGACGCAAGUUAUGCUCCUAUCGCUGAUUUAAAUCCCAUUAAUGCUAUUGAAACUGAAGCAGCUUUUCAGUCACUUUCACAGCAAAUCAUCAAGAAGAGAAAAUCCCAAAAGGCAAUUGCUAGGUGUAAAUUUUGUGAUGAAGAUGUAUGGUCUAAAAAUUUUGUUCGGCAUAUAGAGAGGCUGCAUCCUACGGAAAAUGAGGUUCAAGAUAUAUUAAUGCUCCCCAAGAAAAGCAAACAAAGGCGAGAAGCAUUCAUAUCUCUUAGAAAAGAUACAAAUUUCGAUCUAUUCAUCAUUGGAAGUACACGCCCUUACCGAACUGGGAAGCAGGAACCUGAACACCCACAAUAUUAUCCCUGCUUUUUAUGUAAAGGCAUAUUUUUGAAACGAUACCUUAAAAGGCAUGCCAAAGUAUGUCCCUUGAAGUCAGUACGAAAUGCCGAUAGUAAUACUAGAAGAGACCAUGUGUCGGCAUCACAAACUGUAGUGGCUUGCGCAAGUGACCCUACAAACACGUUGUCAACAUUAAGGGUCAAAAAUCAGGUUAAUUAA